CGAAUGCAUCUUUCCUCUUUUGGAUAGAGCUCAACUAACAGCGACGACUUCCUUGCCGGAAAGAGGACCGAACAACGCUAGGCUAAAUGGUGGAUCCUAGCAAGUAGCCUGGAGAGUAUCUCAAACGAGAUAUUUCGAAAAGCAUUGCUUUUAUAAUCAGAGACAUAUAAUUUAACAAUAUACUACCUGUGAUCCUAGACCAGCCAAAGAGUGCAUGGGAUGUGCAAACUAUGAGCGAUUUGAACGUUAUGCUUAGUGCCAAUAUCGUUAGAAUGUCGUCAGCCGUUCGUUGGGCAUUCAAUUGGAAAGAGUGGAAUCCAAGCGAGCGGGAGUUUGAGCACGCGACUUCUUGUGUACAAAGCGACGAGAAGGAAAGGCUAAAGAGAUUUGUGUUUCGUAAGGAUGUCCGAGCUUCCCUCGUGGGCAGAUUAUUAAUGAGAAAGUUCGUCAACGAGUAUGCCGGUCUUCCGUAUGAUAAAAUCACUUUCGUCAGAGACGAGAACAACAGGCCCGUAUUAAAAGAUAAUUCCACCCUUGUGAACUUUAAUGUUUCUCAUCAAGGUUCUUACACGGUAUUAGCGGGCGAGAUUAAAAACGUGAAAAUAGGUGUAGAUGUUAUGACAUUAGAAUAUAACGAGGGUAAAAACAUCUCCGAGUUCUUUCGGCUGAUGAACAAACAUUUCUCUGCGGCUGAAUGGGAUGAGAUCGGAGGUUCAGGCAAAUCAGGAGCGGAGCAAAUGGCCAUGUUUUUCAGACAUUGGGCAUUAAAAGAGAGCUACGUUAAAGCGCUUGGCGUGGGGGUUUUCGUUGACCUAGGGAGUAUAGAUUUUCGGACGAAUUCAAAAUUAAGCGCAGAUUCGAUCACAACCGAUACAGUUUUGCACGUCAACGGAAUCAAGCAAGAUUGGUUAUUCGAAGAGACCUUGCUCGAUUCACGGCAUUGCGUUGCCGUAGCGUUGCAAGAAAAUGAUAAUUCAUUACGAUUACGUAGUAAUACCCUGUUUGAGAUAAUGAAUUACGAUAAACUUGUAGCCCAUGCAGUUCCACUCUUUCCGAUAGAUCCUCAAUACACAAUCCAAUAUUUUGCAAAAUACGAACAGCCAUAGUUUUAUUUUAUAAGAUUUAUAAGAUCAUAUCGCAAUACGUGAAAAGUAAUGUUUGUUUCUUAAUAUGUCAAGAGGAUGGAUAUUAUAAAUUGUAUAUUAGUUUAAUUAAAAUAAUAAAGCACUAAGUAAUA